UCGAGCAAUUAAUUUGCCGAGUUAACUUACUGACAAAUACAAGUUUUUAAAGCUAAACGCAAUGAUGAAUGGAGUGGUCGUUUUUCUUAUGGUAGUGGUUGUUGCCAAUGCUCAAACAUCAUUUCAAGGACGGUGUCCUGAUGUCCAAACCAAGCGCAACUUUAAUUUAAAAAAGUUUUCAGGAAAAUGGUUUGAGGCUGAACGUUAUUUUGGCGGUAUCGAAAAAGGAGGAAAAUGUGUGACCGCGGAAUAUAAUCUUAGAAGAAAUGGGAGAGCGACUCUCCGUUAUAAACUAAUAGAUUCAAUCUAUAGCCCAAGCAUAGAAGCUUUUGGUAAGGUUUCAAAGAAUGAUCCGGCCAAACUGUCUUUCCAUUUUCCAUCUAUAGAUGUUGAUUCCCCCUACUGGAUAUUGGCUACGGAUUAUAAAAAUUAUGCUGUUGUAUGGUCUUGCGCUGAGUUUGAAUCAUACGAUUAUAGCAUAAGAGGUGCCUGGAUUUUAACAAGAUCCAAAAAUCCGACUUCACGAAUUAUACAAAAAGCUUACUCCGCACUGGACAAAAAUGGUAUUAGCAAAAUAUAUUUUGUACAAACUAAUCAAACAAAUUGUCCCUUAAAUUAAUUUAGUGAGUUUUUUUAAAUUUAUUCCUUGGGUAAACACU